AUGUCGAACCAAUACCGCAUCGUUCUCAAGAACACCAAUGGCGCAACGCUCAACUUCUGCUUCUUCAGCGAGCCUCCCAAGCUGAACACCAACUCGGCCAAGGAUGUCUACACCAACGUGUGGAUCCAGAAGCGCGUGGUCAACACUGGUCGUGCUGACAUCUCCUUCACCAAGGAGUUCUACGCCUACACUGGCCAGCCGCCGGUUUCUCCAGCGCCUGGUGUUUCAGUCACCGGUGGUGUAUUCAGGCCGGCCAUCCUGGGAUCUGCCAGUUCUCCAGGCAGUCUUUUCCAGAUGUUCAACGACCAAGGGGUCCCGAACCUGGGGGCAGAGACCCGUGACGCCGUGUGCGUUGAUUCAAACUUCGCCAUCGAGUCUGGCCAAAGCGGCGGCCCGUUUUCCAGGGCUGACAACUUCCUUGUCGGAAUGGGCCAAGUCGACGCCACCACUGGCCAAGUUGUGCCGACUUUCACUACCAUUGCCGCACCCAAGGCUUUCGUCCGGAUGAAGCCCGUCAUGAAGUACUACGUGGCCCAGUGCGACAGUCUCCAGGGUCAGAUCCUCGAUUACCAGACCUGGUGCAGCCAGUCUGGCGUCAUCGACUUCUCGGCCAACAAGGCCUUUGGCGCCGAGGUUGAGUACACCGACGGAGGCAGUUGGAAUGUCAAGUACCAUUCCCAGGCCUCCUGGAUGGGGUUGAUGGGCAUGGAUUCGGGGGCGUUGGGUCUCAUGGGUUUCGACGCUGCUGCGCCAUCUGCUGGCAGUGCUGGCAGUGCUGGCAUCCCUGGUCGGGGAGGCCUUGCGCGCAUUGGAGACAACGACAGGGCACGCGGGGAAAUCGAAGCCGAAAUUACACGUCUCAAGCAACUGCUUGAGACCAAAAUGCAGAAUGGCGGAAGACGAAGCCUCAUCCCGGGCAUGUACGCAUUCAAAGCGUAUCUGAGCCCAGGCGCUGCAGCAGCCAUCGCGAGCAUCAUGGUAGGAUCCGCCAUCAUCAUCCGAGAACUCGGACAGCUGGGCUACAAGGUCAAGCGCGAGAUCGAGAAGCGACCGGACGGCACCGAGAUCUACCGCUUCGAGUUCGGACGCAAUGAGGGCGCCCCUUCCCUCGUGGACGACAUCGAUCAGGCUCAGCAGGCUUGGGACCGUGCCGUGGCGCAGGACAGAGAGAAGGAUGGCCACACUGCGACUCGCGUCUACCGCGCUGAUGAUAACGUCUCGGUGAGAACGUUGGCUGGAGGUGAUAGCCCCUCCUACAAGGAAAAUGGAUUCAGUAACGGGGCAAGUUACACCGAGGUUGAAAGCUACUGA